AUGGCACGGCUUUUAUCUGGAUGUUUCGGGUCACCUGAUGCAAAGUACAUGUUUGAAAAAGAAAGAAUAGCAAGUUUUAGAACAUGGCCAGGAAAAGCCAAAUGCUUGCCACUGGCAUCUGCGGGGUUUUCUUACACAGGCAGUGCAGACGAGGUGAUAUGUUUUAGCUGUCGAGGUAGAAUAAGUAACUGGAAAGAGAGUGAUCGUCCUUUCCAGACACACCGCUUUUACUUUCCACAUUGCAAACAUGUGACUGGCCACGACUCUGGGGACGUUCCAUUGUAUGACCGCUUGCCCCAAAAUGAAGGAAACGACCCAUUUCCAAACCUGGCUUCAGGUAGAACACAAAGGGAAUCAAACGAAACAGAUAUCCGAGACCCUGGCCAGAGCUCUGAUAGCCUCACGAACGACCGUUGUUCACUAACUCCUCUUUUGGAGCAGGUUUAUGGUCACCGUCCUCCGUGCAGUGAUGGUAUGAAUGCGGAAGGAACCUCUACAAAAAGCACCAGCUUUGUAUUGGCAGAACAACAGAAAGAACCCGAACCGUCUUCAGAACGGCAGGUACAGUUAGAAACACCAUCGGAUACCCGAGAGGUGAUCAAUAGCCAAAUAUCUGGUAACCAAAGACUCUCGAAACCUCACUACCAGGGUGGUAUGCCCCAGCCAGGGCUCGAUUACAUGGCGCCAAAUCAACAUGCUACGAGUAAGUAG